AUGAAUUUAAAAUGUGAAUAUUGUAAGGGUAAAGGACAUACAAAGGAUCAGUGUUUUAAGUUGAUUGGCUUUCCUGAUUGGUAUCAUAAGAAGCCAUCAUCAACAUCUGGUAACACAUCUGGUGGAAAAAUUGCUGCUCACGUUGCUGUUGAUAGUCUUGAAGAAGAUACUCCUCUUGAUUUUGCUGCUGCUGGUCCAUCUCAUAUGGCAAAUCAUGUUGACACAGCAAUGAUGCAUUCAUUGUUUCAAGAAUUUCUCAAAUCCAUGAAAGGACCUGCUGCUCAUGCUCAUUCUGCAGGUACAAAAUGCUCUCAAUUUUGGAUAGUAGACUCAGGUGCUACUGACCAUAUGGCUUAUGAUGCAAGCUUAUUUUCUUUUAGAAGAAAACUUGAUAAAAUGAUUGAAGUAGGAUUGCCUGAUGGUAGCAUUUCAUAUGUGUCUGAAAUUGGUGAUGUGGUUAUCUGUCCAAAUGUUGUGUUACAUGAUGUGCUAUUAGUUCCUAGUUUCAAGCAUAAUCUAUUGUCUGUUGGACAAUUGGCUAAACACAACAAAAUUGAAGUGAAAUUUUCUUUUUCUGAGUGUGUAUUUGUUGAUGCUUAUGGUACUCAAAUUGUUCAAGGGAUUAAACUUGGAGGUCUCUAUUAUCUGAAAAUGCAUUCUGUUACACAGGAAAUUACAGCUUGUCAUUCUAUUCUUGAUCCUAUUCACACACAACAAUCUUCUGCUCAUAAAGCAAAUAUAACUCAGCCUUCUCUUGACAUCCUACAUGCCAGACUAGGCCAUCCUUCAUUUUCAAGAAUGAAAUAUAUUGACUCUGCCUUAUGCUCUCAUAGAAAUGAUUACUUUUGUGAGAUUUGUAUUUUUGCUAAACAUCAUAGAUCUGCAUUUCCUAGAAGUUUAUCUAGAGCACCUGAAAUAUUUUCUCUUAUACAUAUUGAUCUCUGGGGCCCAUAUAAAGUCAAAACCAUUCAUGGGGGAUCUUACUUCCUUACCAUACUUGAUGAUUUUAGCAGAACAACCUGGACUUUUCUUCUACAAAAUAAACAGCAAGUUUAUAGAACUAUAGCCAACUUUUUCAUACAAGUUGAGACACAAUAUGGGAAACAAAUCAAAGGAGUUAGAUCAGACAAUGACAGAAAAAGAGAUAAAUUCAGCCCUAAAGCAACAAAAUGUCUAUUCAUAGGAUAUCCUUUUGGUCAAAAAGGCUACAAAGUUUAUGAUUUGCAAUCUAAAAAAUGUUUUGUAACUAGAGAUAUUGUGUUUCAGGAGAAAAUAUUUCCAUAUAACAUGACUUCUAUUCCCACUUCCUUUUCUAAACCUACUGAUCAGUCUCUUGUUGAUUUUUCUGAUGAACCUUUACUUCCUGCUUUUAAUCACAUUUCUAGUUCUUCUUCUGAUCAACCUACUCUAUCUUCCUCAUGUUCUGAUAAUCAUUCUAUCAACUCUAUUCCUGUCCCUUUUUCUUCUACUUCUUCAUCAUCUGAUUCUUCAUUACAGACACCAGAUAACACUAUGAUUGAACACCCUAUUUCUCCUGCAUCUUCUGGCACUGUUUCUAUCUCUAAUAAUCCUUCUAGUCCUUGUCAACUUCCAAAACGAGUUGUUAAACCUCCUAUCAAAUUUAAAGACUAUGAAUGUCCCACUUUACCUUCUUCUUCAUCUCUUUCUUUUUCAGUCCAUUCUUCUCCUCCCAUUAUAGAACCUCUUUCCUAUAAACAAGCUUGUUUAUCUCUUGAGUGGCAAGAUGCUAUGGAUAAAGAGCUUCAUGCUCUUGAACAAAAUGACACCUGGUAUUUAACAGAUUUGCCACCUGGAAAGAAGGCUAUUUCUUCUAAAUGGGUAUACAAGAUUAAAUAUCUUCCUAAUGGUGAAGUUGAAAGGUAUAAAGCCAGAUUAGUGGCUGUGGGUUAUCAACAAGUUGAAGGGACUGAUUAUACUCAUACAUUUUCUCCAGUAGCUAAAAUAGCAAUUGUUAGAAUUCUCAUCUCCCUUGCAACUGCCAAAGGCUGA